AACAAACAUAAAUUUUCAACUUAUGUUGUUGCCUCAGGACAUCAGUAUGGAGCUGGAGAAGGAGUCUUGCACUACUUUUUUAAGAUAGGUUGGCUUAGUGAGACUCCUACAAUACCUGUUUUUGGAGAUGGAAACAAUUUUAUUCCAACUAUUCAUGUUCUUGAUUUAGCAGCUGUGUUACAAAAUAUAGCAGACCACAGGCCAAGGUCUCACUAUAUACUUGCAGUAGAUGUAUCUAUGCACACUCUUCAAGAAUUAGUAAAGUGUAUCAGUAAAAAUGUUGGACCAGGAAAAAUUGAGAAGAUUCCAAAAGAAAAUGCAUUCCUGAGCAAAGAGUUAACACAAAUGCAUUUGGAUAUGUUGCUUGUGAACCUGCGAAUGGAAUCUAUGAUUCUGAAAGAGACUUUCAAUAUUAAGUGGGUUGCUCAGGCAGGACUGGUGGAGAACAUUGAACAAAUCGUCAAGGAAUACAAGCAAAGUCGAGGAUUACUGCCUCUCAAAGUUUGCAUUCAUGGUCCUCCUGGGGUUGGGAAAUCUACCAUUGCUGAAGAGCUCUGCAAACACUACAAGCUACAUCACAUUAAGAUAAAUGAUGUGGUUUCUGAAACAAUAGCAAAUCUGGAGAAAAUUGUGGCUUCUGAAGAACUGGACACUGACAAUGUGGAAGAAGAGGGAGAAGAUGAUAAAGAGGAGGAGGGUAAAAAUGUAGAAGCAGCACACGAGUUAUUAGCUAGAAUAAAAGAAAGCAUGGAGCAGAAUGCAGGUCAUCUAGAUGAUCAGUAUGUUGUUAAAUUUGUGAAGGAUAAGCUCAAAUCUAUGCCUUGUAGGAAUCAGGGAUAUGUUUUAGAUGGGUUCCCGGAGACCUAUGACCAGGCAAAAGAACUUUUUAAUUUGGAAAGUGAAGAUGAACAAGAAGAAAUUAAAGGCAAAAUACCUAAAUGGGAUAAAUUAAUCACACCUG